CCCCACUCCCCAGCCUACAUCUGCUUCUCCUCCGGCACAACCGGCACCCCAAAAGCCAUCCUCUGCACCCACUCCGGCGUCACCUCCCUCCUCCGCUCCCCCAUCGCCCGCCUGCACGUCACUCCCUCCCACACCGUAUCCCAAACACUCGCCCCUCAAUUCGACGGCGCCCUCCUCGAAGUCUUCGCCACCCUUUGCCAUGGCGGGACCCUCCUCCUCAAAGACCCACUCAACCCCUUCGCCCACCUCUAUGGCGUAGGCAGCUUGAUGCUCACCCCAUCCCUCGCCUUGGAACUGGAUCCGGAAGACUUCAUCCAUGAUGUGCGGUACAUCUACUUUGCCGGCGAAGUCCUGCCGCAGGCUACCGCGGAUCGAUGGACAAAGGGGAAAGCGGAGGUUUAUAAUGUGUAUGGACCCACGGAGACGCAUAUCCUUGCUACUGCGCAGAGGGUGCAGAAUGGGAAGCCGGUUACGAUUGGUCGGCCGCUGAUGUCUACGAGGGUGUAUAUCCUUGAUAAGAAUGGCGUCUUGCUGCCUCCUCUGGUUGCGGGAGAGAUCUUCAUUGGCGGGAUCUCUGUGUCGAGGGGAUAUCUCGGGUUGGAAGAGGAGAAUGCACUGAGAUUUGUGCCAGAUACGGUCUCUCCUGACGGUAGUGAGGGGAAAGGGAAGAUGUAUCGCACGGGAGACUGGGGAUACUGGACGCUGGAGGGCGAAGUCGCAUUCCUCGGACGGACAGAUCGGCAGGUCAAAGUGGGAGGA